UCCCCCAGCCAGCCGCCCGUUGUGUCAGAGCCGGUCCUGUCCACACGGAGAAAGGACGUACUUCUACCGACGACCACCGGACACACAGCAGCGCCACAAGCCGUGCCUGUAGCCGCGUCGCGUCUUUACUCCAACCCGAAACAAACAACUCUGAAUUUACAUUAAAUAUGUCUAAUAUCGUCUGUUGUCCAUCGCCUCAGGUUAUAAUGUAUGACCACCACAGUAGAAGUACAGAUCUAUAGCCAACGGGUUUCCGAGGACUUGAUUACAGUCGCUUCAAGCCUGAUAGUUUGUCGGUGCGACUGCUCCCCCUCUCCCUUCUGCUCACUCCCGUGUGGUCAGCUGGCAUUUCUUCUGACAACUUCCCCAUCCCUGUCCUCGGGUGAAGAAGACGUGACUUCUGUCUGCUUUGCCUGGUUCUGGUUCCUGUUCGACUUGCAGCGUUGCUUCCCUGGAUCUGAAUUGCUUUCUAUUAGGCAUACCAUUUAAAAUUUAUCAAGAUGAUUCCAAACGGUUAUUUAAUCUUUGAGGAUGAAAGUUUCCUGGAUUCCACCGUGGCCAAAAUGAACGCUUUGAGGAAGAGUGGUCAGUUCUGCGACGUUAGACUGCAGGUGUGCGGUCACGAGUUGAUGGCUCACCGUGCUGUUUUGGCGUGCUGCAGCCCCUACCUGUUUGAGAUCUUUAAUAGUGACCUUGAGCCUCACGGAGUGUCUCAUGUCACUUUUGAGGACUUGCACCCAGACGCUGUGGAGAUCUUGCUCAACUACGCCUACACUGCUCAGCUAAAAGCAGAUAAGGAGCUGGUUAAGGAAGUUUACUCUGCAGCCAAAAGGUUCAAGAUGGAACGAGUCAAACAGAUUUGUGGCGACUACCUGCUGUCUAAAAUGGAUUCUCAGAACGCCAUCUCCUUCCGAAACUUUGCCAGCUCUAUGGGAGACGGCCGUGUUUUGGCCAAGGUGGACGCCUACAUCCAGGACCAUCUGCUGGAGGUGUCUGAACAGGAGGACUUCCUCAAACUUCCCCGUCUCAAGUUAGAAGUAAUGCUAGAAGACAACCUGACUCUGCCGAGCAAUGGGAAGCUGUACUCGAAGGUGCUCAGCUGGGUGCAGCGUAGCCUCUGGGAGAACGGAGACCAACUGGAACGGCUGAUGGAAGAGGUGCAAACGCUGUACUACUCACCUGACCAUAAGCUGGUGGAUGGAGGGCUGGUGAUUGAGGGGCACAGUGAGGUGUUUGGUGGAGAGGAGGACCACCUUCAGUUUGUGCAGAAGAAACCUGUGCGGGAAAGCACCCAGAGACAGAUGAGCUGCAGCUCCUCAGGAAGCCUGUCGCCCUCGAACCAAGCAGCGAAUGCCACCAAACAGACCGCCAGGAGAGAGUGGAAGUACAUCGCCUCUGAGAAGACCACAAACAACACCUACUUGUGUCUUGCUGUGCUGGAUGGAGUGCUGUGUGUGAUCUUCUUGCAUGGCCGAAGCAGCCCCCAGACCUCCCCCUCUGCCACCCCCUGCCUGAUGAAAAGCCUCAGUUUCGAGGCCCAGCCGGAGGAGCUGGAAGAGCACCCGCUCUCCCCAAUGCACUACGCUCGCUCUGGCCUGGGCACCGCAGGCCUGAACGGAAGACUCAUCGCAGCAGGAGGUUACAACAGAGAGGAGUGUCUGAGGACUGUGGAGUGUUACGACCCCAAAGAGGACCGCUGGACCUUCAUCGCUCCCAUGCGGACUCCAAGGGCUCGCUUCCAGAUGGCUGUGCUGAUGGGUCAACUCUACGUGAUUGGAGGUUCAAAUGGACAUUCUGAUGAGCUGAGCUGCGGGGAGACGUACGAUCCACAUGCUGAUGAGUGGGUCCAGGUGCCAGAGCUCAGGACAAACCGCUGCAAUGCAGGCGUCUGCUCCUUGAACAACAAACUCUACGUUGUGGGAGGGUCGGACCCCUGCGGGCAGAAGGGCCUGAAGAACUGUGACGCUUUUGACCCCGUGACCAAAACCUGGUCCAACUGUGCUCCUCUUAACAUCAGGAGGCACCAGGCAGCGGUGUGUGAGCUGGAGGGUUUCAUGUACGUGAUCGGAGGGGCGGAGUCGUGGAAUUGCCUGAACACUGUGGAACGCUACAACCCGGAGAACAACACCUGGACCCUCAUAGCCCCCAUGAACGUGGCUCGGAGGGGGGCUGGCGUCGCUGUCCAUGCAGGAAAACUGUUUGUUGUCGGCGGAUUCGACGGCUCCCACGCGCUCCGCUGCGUGGAGGUGUAUGACCCCGCCCGCAAUGAGUGGAGGAUGCUGGGUAGCAUGACGUCUUCACGCAGCAACGCAGGAGUGGCCAUGUUGGGCGACGUCCUCUACGCUGUGGGCGGCUUUGACGGAAACGAGUUCCUCAACACGAUCGAGGUGUACAGUCCGGAGAUGGACGAGUGGAACGACUGCGCCAAGGCCUCGUCUCCCCUCUCUGACUGAAGAGGGGGGAGACGAGGAGGUGGGUGGGAGGGAGGAAGAGGCGGGGGAGGGGGGUUGGGAGUUUCACAGUGCUUCACCUUUUUCCAAACUAACAGGCUUAGUGACGUAAUCGUGUUUCGUGAUGUUCUGUGUGUAUGAGCGGAGUUAUGUGGGGACGAAGGGGGGAGGGGGGGAGAGGGGUCUUCAGUGAAGACUGGCUUAUAUUUGAUGGGGAGGGUGGGGAGGGAUUGGGUUGUUGCCCAAAGCAACAUGACGCCUUUGCAUAUUGCAUACAAUGUUUUUGUGCUGUACAUAUUUUAUUUCUUCCUUAUUUUUUGUCAUAUGCCAACAUGAAAAUACACAUUUAGUGCUUUUUCUUCUCUUAGAGUCGAAAGGUUUUGUCACUUUCUUUGAGGGUUUUUAGAUGAACAAGCUACUCGGUCACUCGAACGGUGGCAGUCUGAAGUGAUUUGAUUUGUGAAAGUUAAGUUUAUUUAAGAAUAUUUCUGUUGUGGAAAAGUAAUUUUACUCACAUUUAAAGGUCAGCAGUUUGAAGCCUUACUCAGCGUGCGAGUGGAGAAACACCUGUCAUGGCUUUUUGUGUCAUUUUAAACUACAGCUGAAUUGCUUUUUCUGAAUCUUAAAUGGCCUUUUUUAUAUUUUUUAUACACUGCUAAUUUACCAAUAAGAAGUAGUAGCAGACUGCUUGAGUCAAUCUAACCAGUGCCAGUUUUUUUAGUUCAUUUGUUGUGCACACACCACACACGCACAAUGCUUCUGCUAACCAAACUUUUGUUAUUGUGAUUUAACAACUGAUGUAUGUAGAGAUGCAGUUUACUGAAAAUCCUUUUUUUUUUUUCUCUUGUGUUUUAAAGUGUCAGGCAUUGGCAAACUCUUCUGGAAGGAAUGUUAGAACGAGAAAAUAUCACAUUUGUAACAUUUCUUAAUUAAUAAACCAUUUAAAUCAG